UGGCAAUACUCCUUUGUAUUGUAAACAAAAUGUAAUAACAUGGCUGUCAGUGGAUUUGAGACACGGAGCCUGUGUUCAACAAUUAUUAAUGAAACUGAAAUCAAUGCACAGAAUUUGACUGCAUCUCCACCUCUAUAUUCUGAAAUACCUGGAACAGUUCCUCUAAGCAAUGGACCUGAAAAUGGCCCUCCACCCUCUUAUGAUGAAGUCGUCAACCCAGAUGCUUCACCUCCUACUUACCAAUCUCUCUUUGGACAAGUACGGGAGGCACGAAAAAAUUCAUCUGGUGUUGUGGAUUUUUUAAAGAAAGUUAUCAUAUUAUUACUUGGCACAAUUGGUUGCAGCAUCAUUUUAGGAAUCACAAUAGUUGUUCCCAUCUCAAUGAUAUUAGUUGGGACCAACUAUUUUGGUGAGUGUCCUGUUGAGCAGUUCAUUCCAGUAUAUUUAAUUGUUGGUGGGACAUUUGGCGUUGCAAAAAACGUCUUGGGUUUCUUUUCUCGAUGGAAAAUGAAUGAGAAUGGCCAAGAACCGUUAAUUCAUCGUUCCCGGGAUAGUAUUUUGAAUUGUUUUCUCAUUGCUUGGUUUAUCACUGGUUGCAUCUGGACAUAUAGGGUAUAUGAGCCUGAGUAUGAAGAUGAAAAAAGUCCAUUUUACUGUAACAAAACUCUAUACAUGUUUGCAUUUUGGCUUGUGACCACCACAUUCAUUGUUGUUGGUCUGAUGAGUGUUUUCAUCAUGUGCUUUGUUGUAUCUUCUGUUGUCACUGCAAUUGAGUGAUUCAGCUUAAUCAUUGAUUUGUCAAACUUUGUAAUAAAAGUUUUAUUGCUACUGCCUUCUCUUCAGUCAUGUGCCUGAAAAAUGCAGUAAGACCAUGUUACACUGUUGUUUUAACCCUCAGAGAGACCACUUAUUUUGAUCUAAUGGCUAAUGGCCUUUAAGAAAUUAAGAUUAUAUGUAUUUAAUCAAAUCUCUUAAUUUUGGAAAAAUAUUUUAACUCUGAAAUUUUCAGAUAUGCAUCUAAAAAUAUAUAAUUUACUUUUGACCUGAUGAAGAAAAAUUGAGGAGGCCUAGAUGGUUUUGUAAUGAAAAAUGGUUACUUUCAUAUUUAAUUUGACAAAAUUCCAAUUAUCCAAAUAGUUUUGAGAAUGGUGGAAAAAUCUGUUAACGAAAUCUUCCUGAAUAUAAACAAUGAAACGAAUGACUAACUGACAUAUUGCAGAAAUGAUAUUUCUGUACUUUAAGUAUUCAGAACUUAAAAGAUUAUUUUUAUAGGCAUUCAAUUAAAUUUUACAAGUAAAUUUCAUGUCUCCUGAGGAAUUACUUUCAUUUUCUCAAUUAUCCGGAUUCAGCAUGCUCUCAAUUAGUCUCAAUAAUUGAGAGUUAAGCUGUUAUCGGAAUACCAAUAAGAUGCUGGAUGGAGCGAAAUGUAUCAAUUUUCCAGUCAUUUAAAAUGUUACCAGGUCUCUAUUACCGCAGCAGCAAUUAUAGAGAAAAUUUCUCUGAAAGCAGCUUCUGUGCAAAGUACAAAUGGCAACUGAAACAACCGUUGUUCACAAAUUGAAAACACAUUUUCAAGCUCUGAACUAGAAGAAUUUAUAGAAGAAUGUAACCCACCCUCACAAAUGUAUUUAAUUUUGAAUUCUUUUGCAAUUUGAUCACUAGUUAUAUGGCUUUUACUGUAUAGGCACAUGAUGAAGAAUUUGCUUCUGUCUCUUGAGAUCAAAUAUUAUAUAUGUAUAUUUUUUAUAAUUUUUUUCUUUCUAAAAGCAUUUUAAAAUUUGCUACUUGCAUUUUGGACUUUUUGCAUGUUUAAAAAUGAACUUAUAAUAAUGUGUUUUUCUGAAAAGUGAUUUAAAAAAGAAUGUCAUAUUUCUCUCUCAGUUUGAUACAUAGCUAGUUUAUACAGGGUAUCCUAAAAGAUAAUUUAUAAACUUUAAAAAUAGAUCAGGCAUAUAGAAACAAGUCAUUUCUAUUUGUGGAUGUAGAAUCUCCAGCACAAAGGGCAACCUGUAUGUGUGGUCAGAUAGUAAUUUUGAUGCAAUAUCAAUUACAAAUCUUUUAAUUAUUGAACGUAGCUCUACUUAAAAAAAUGUCAUUAAAUUUCACAUGAACUGUCAAAAAUACUUAAAAUAACUCUGAAAAAAUGAAAUUCAGUUUUUUUUUCAGAAGGAUACAUACAUUAAAAAAACCCACAGAAAAUAAUUUUAGAAAGCUUUUUUGACUUAUUUAUAUUAAAUUACUAAAAAACACAGUAAAAUAUGAAAAAAAAAAUUAGGUUUAUUACAUAAUUUCAAAUUAAUCAACAAAAAAUGAAGCAUUCUGAAAUCUGUCUGAUGUAUGCCAAUUGAAAACAUUGACAGAUAAAGUAAAACAGACUGUAGAAAGCAUCCAAUUUAGCAUUUUAAUUGAAAUGUAACUGCUUUAUGAAAAGAAUGCUGAAAAAUAAUGAGUUGAAAGGAUUUUUCAUAAGACUGUCUGCUGGAUAAAUGUUUUGUAUUUUAACAUUCAUGCAAUAUGCUAUUAUGUAUUUGAAUUUAUUGUAUCUUUUUCUUUUAUCCUAUUCACUGGCGAAAAAUCCAUUGUAAAGAUCACCUUUUACAUUUGUAAUCCCAUAUUCUGUUGUAAAAAUGAUUUUUUCUGUAUGCCUGAUCUUUUUAAAUUUGCCCUAGGAGUUUUUUCACCCCUUUUGAUUGAUAAGAAAAUGAGUUUUUACUUAUCUCAUUCUGUCUUCAUUGAGAGCUUAUGUAUUUCUCACCAGUGAUUUGAGAGCUUUAAACUGAUAUGUUGCACUUGUAGUUUCAAAGUUUUUUUUAAUGCCAGGAAUAUUUCAUUUGUUGUGGAAUUAAAAGUUUAUAUUAGUGAGCUAAAAAUAAUGUAGCUAUUUUUUUUAUGAGAUGUAAUACUAUUAUAGAUGUCUCCAUUAGUAUUAUUUUGUUGUUUCAUUGAAAUUUUAAUUUUUUCUUUUGGUUGUUGCAAGGUAACUUAGUAUUAUGUUUUAUUGUUAGUACAUUUUUUAUAAAA